GCGAAGCUAUGUAGGUAUACCUUCAGACACUUCAGACGCACCAAGCCUUCCACCGAUACAUCGACUCGUUUCCUCGCCUUGUCCUCGAAUCCCGUGGUUUACCUAGCACUCCGCUCGCACCACGAAUCAACCUUAAGCUCUGCCGAACUCUAGCGUCCCACCUCCGACCUCCACCCUUGCACCUCCUCCGCUCCUCCCUACUUAGGUACGCCGCUAUCACCGGCAUAUACCAAAUCCAAAUGACUCAACCAUGGGAUUACAUUGCGAAGAUAGUGUCGUUAGGUGACUCCGGCUGCGGCAAGUCAAGUUUGACCAUCCGCCUCUGCGAGGGCCGAUUCUCCCCCCAUCACGAUGUGACCAUCGGCGUCGAAUUCGGCUCACGGAUAGUGCCCGUCGGCCCUCCAGCUUCCCUCGCACUCAACAUCAACAACCCCUCCAAGACUCCCGCGACGCCUCCAGCGCAGCCCUCCAAGCAGCAGCAGCAACAACAGCAGCAGCAGAAGCACAUGAAACUGUCGUUAUGGGAUACGGCUGGCCAAGAAACAUACAAGUCCAUUACAAGGAGCUACUUCCGCGGCGCAUCAGGCGCACUGCUGGUGUUCGAUAUCACGCGAAGGAAUACUUUCCUCAGUGCAACGAGCUGGCUCAACGAUCUCCGGCAAAUCGCCGAGGAAGGCAUAGUCGUCGUCUUGGUGGGAAACAAAAGCGAUCUCGCGUCGGCAUCCACCGUCUCCGAUUCCAACGAAGAAAACAGGCGCCAAGUGACAAGAGAGGAGGCGGAGGCAUGGUGCAAGGCAAAUGGAGUGAUGCAGUACGUCGAGACGUCGGCGAAGUCUGGAGAAGGCGUAGAGCGGGCUUUCCUUGAGGUGGCGGAGCGGAUAUACCAGAAUAUCGAGGCUGGCAAGUACGAUCUCAACGACAGGAGAUCUGGUGUCAAGGGCCCUGGAGCAGGAGGUGGGAAUAGAAACGCCGUCAAGCUGGGUAUGAAUGAUGCGGCAAGAGGCAAGAAACAGCAAGGUUGGGGCGGGUGUUGUUGAGUUCGACAGGGUGACGAGCCCAUGUUAUGUUCAUGCUUGUGUUGAAUCGUCAAGCUGCAGUGUUGAUCAUCGCUCGUGUAAGAGUAUCUGGGCCUUGAGCGUGGGGUGCUUUGAAAUACCGCAUUCUGUGGCGUUAUACCAGGGCUAUAGCAUGUUUAAUAUAAUGGCACUACUGUUCUUCUGG